AGCCUAUCCUCUGCUAAAGAUGAAGGCUUCGGUCCUGGCAUAGCGGCCAGCUUCAGGAGGGGGAGUUUUACGCAGCUCAAAAGGUUGGAAAGCCUUGCCCGCUGAAGACAUCCAGGCGCUCAACGUGGAUUAAAACAGGAAACUUUUCACGAUGGCUCUGAGCGUGGAAAAAUAGCCCGAGAAGCAGCCGACGCAGAACACGGAGCCUCUCUCACUGCAAAGCAACAACUCCUGGUUAGAUGCACGACUACUGCUGAGAAAAAAUAUGCUCCAGCCGAGCCUCCGCAGCAGCACCAACAAGCCCGGCUUCAAGCGCAGAUUGCCCGUGUUUUAACCUCUUUCCUCCAGCAGCCGUCGUCCCGUCUCCUGGUUCGUUUCCAACGUCUGUUUAGCCUAACAAAAGUUCGCCGUUACAGUCUCCCCUACCGAGCCUCCAGCCCCGGAGAGCCAUGGCAAGGAAGCUGACAGCAGCGCAGGGCGCAGGAAUACUGCUGGUGACAGCCAACGUUGGAUCUCUGUUCGAAAACCCUGGAACUCUGCAGGAACCCUGGCUGAAAGAACUUUACAAGACAGUACAAACACACAAGCCUCACUUCUUGGCCGUCCACUGUCAGGAGCUGGGUGGGAAGAGUUUCAACGCAACCGUGUCAUAUGUGAAGAGCUUUGUCAAAGCGCUGCUGUCCAGUGAUGCCCUGAAGGAGUUCAGCAGAGCCUGCAUCUACCUCGAUGAGAACUACGAAUCCGAGGAGCUCUUCACAGCUCUUGGAAGUUUCUACUUUAUCCACAAGUCUUUGAAAAACAUCCAUCAGUUUGAUUUCAAUGCUCAAGAAUUUCGGAAGGUGAGUGGGAAGGAAAUCUGCGCAGUGACACUAGGUGGCUCACCCAUGGUGGAGAAGGAGAAGUUUCCACAGGACUACUUUCCGGAGGGCAAGUGGUCCAGAAAGGGAUUCAUCAGAACUCGAUGGGCCCUGGGUGACUGUGCCUUCGAUCUGGUCAACAUUCACCUUUUCCAUGAUGCUAACAACGUUGUGGCCUGGCAGGAAAGUCCUUCCUUAUACACUGGGAUCAGGCAGAAGGCCCUGGAAUUUGUUCUACACAGGAUCACAGACCAGAGGUAUGAAAAGCUGCCAUACUUCCUCUUUGGGGACUUUAACUUCAGGUUGGACUUCAGGUCUUUAAUUGAGAGCCUCUGUUCCACUGCCACCAUGCAGACCGUCACAAACACAGACACCAAUGUAGUGGACGAGCUAAUGUUCAUAGAAAGUGAUAAUGAUCGAAAGGUUGUUCUUGAAGUUGGAAAGAAGAUUUUUAAAUAUGCCGACCAGAAUGUCUUCCGGGAAAACAAUGGGACCUCACUUCAAGAAUAUGACAAAGAGCUGUCGGUGUUCAAGGAUCGCCUCCAUGAGCUAGAGAUCUCUUUCCCACCCAGUUAUCCGUACAGUGAGGACCACAGUAAUGCGAAGCAGUAUAUGACCACCAGAUGCCCCGCCUGGUGUGACCGAAUCCUCAUGUCACCCUCUGCUAAAGACCUGGUUGUAAAGCCAGAAAAUGAGGAGAAGUCUAUAGUGUAUGAUAACAUUGGGCCGAAUGUCUGCAUGGGGGACCACAAGCCCGUCUUCCUGUCCUUCCGAUUACCAGCGGGGGCAGGUAAACCUAAUGCAAAUAAGCACAAGUGUUGUGUGGUGCAGUGAUUUCGUGGGAAUUCUUGCCAAAGGGGUGUAGAACAUAUUCCAUGAAGAGCCUCUGUGAAAACACCGGGAAAAACACACACACACACACGCACAAACACACACGCACACACAGUUUGCACAAGCACACACUGAAGAUCCCAGACAAGCUUCUUUUAUUUUCAGCAGCGCUGAGUUUUCCGGACGACUCAUCCCUGCCGUUUUCUCUCUAUAAAACACUUGUCGAGAUGCGGACGAGGACCCGAGGAGGACCCCGGCUGCGUGGCGAGAGACGCACAUUGCUGACCUCACCGUUGCCAUGCAACCCCAUUCCCCAGAAGAAGAAAAAAAAAGACAAUCAAGGCGAUGAAUAAACAACCCUUUUUUUUUCAUGCCGCAGCCUCCUUUCCAAAACUCUAAUCCAAAUCAAUCAUACUACAUGCUUUUAGACACCAUUUUACUGGCCAUUUUUAAGUAUGCCUAUAUGUAUAAAAGCAACUUUCCAGACAAUAUGUAAGGUGUUUUAAAAAGGAAAAACAGAAAAGAAAAAAGUGCAAUGCAAAAAAUGUUGUAUAUCUAUAUUGAUAGGUUUAUUUGUACAUUUGACAGUAUAUUAUAGAGCCUUGAAUGGUUUUAGUGCAGUUCUCUUCUCUGACCAAACUUUACGGUCCCUGUUGAAAUAAGUAGGACUUCGGAUCUUAGUUUAUUCUGAAACUAUAUUAAACUAUAUACCUGUCAUUCUGUUGCCUGACACAUCAGUGGACUUUUUCAUUUUAUAUGCUGUACUUUUUAAAGAGAUAAUUUAUGAUUCGUACCAAAAUGUCUGUGCUGCAGCGAGCUGUGCUGCAGAGCGAGUGGGAACCUUAGACCUUCGGAUAAGUUUAGGAAGAGCGCGGCAGAAAACCUCUUCAGUGAUUUAUUGCCUAUCCAAGAAUGUUUUAAGCAGUGCCAUAGACCAUGCGAGUAAAUAUAUAUAUAUAUAUAUAUAUAUAUAUAUAUAUAUAUAUAUUAUAUAUAAGAUAAUGUUUGAUAUAGCACCCUCACAUUAUGUCAUUAUUAUUCCUACUCUAACUUAUUUCUAUAAUAUUAUGGUUCUGAAUGUGAUUUUAUUUUUAGGUAGGCUUGGGUGUCCCUUUAAAAUGUAAACGGUUUUCUUCUGUGUCUUGUUUUUUUUGUUACUGCAUUAUGGUGCCAAGUAUCAUACACAGACAUGAAGUGUGUAAGAGUUGAGAAAUUUCAUCUGUAAAAGUGUUGAUUUUCAAAUGUAAGACUCUAAACCCUGAAGAAGAAAGCAGGAGGAUUUGCUUCUUCUUGUUACGCGUGGAGCCCUCAGGCAGAGCAUUAAAGAGGGCGACCGGAGGCGGCAGCGUUUGUUUCUUUUCUUAUGUUAUUGAUUUCAUUCACCACACUACAGGUUUCGGACAGUUUGAAGCCGUCAGAUCGAUUGCGAUUUCUUUAUUUGUUUCAUCUAAAUGAAUCACAGCAAGUGUAAAUAUUUUUGUGCCUGCUGGGGAGGUUAUGUCAUUUUUUGUUUUGGUUCUUAGGCAAAAAGUUUGUUUUUGUUCCUGCUGGUCAUUCUGAGUAUGCUGUAGGAGUAUAAGCCACAGUUGUUUUUUUGUUCUUCACUCCAUCUUAUAAAAGACAGAGAUUCUAUUCUAGCCCCUUCUGGAAGGCCUGACCUCUAUUAUAGGUGAUGCAGUUCUUAAGCAAUAAAAACCAUUAGAGCUCAA